AUGAGCACCGUCACUGAAAUCGAAGAUGAGUCCCAGGACGCUCCGGAUUCCAAUGUAUCGCCUAGCAGAUGUCCUUUACGGGAGCCUGAACAUAUCGUGGAAUUCAAGAGGGAACAUAACCGCUCGUUCUAUCUCAUCCACUGGAGGCAAAGCAUACUUACGGGAGAGAUGCUCAACACAAGCACCGGAGAGGCGAAUCUGCUCACCGAAGCUUAUAUGAUACGCCCUCAUUCAACUGAGGAAGGGUAUUCAUCACCAGGCCGAAUCGACGAGACAUGCAUAUACGAUGUGCUCUGGUAUGACACUUGGCUUCCAAGCUGGAGGCCAUGCAUAAUUACCGAGACGUUUGACCGUUUCCCAACAGGACCGGUGGGAUCGGAAUUCUUGGAAAAGGGCAUGGUAAAUCGAAAUAUCGAUUGGUUGCUGAAGUCGAUCAGCUUUGAAGUGGAAUAUCCAAGUGGCAAGAAUGUACCGUAG